AUAUGCUGUAUGCAACGACACGUCAGAGUGUGUCUAUCCUCUAUACUCUAACUGGAAAUCAUUAGAAGCUCCAAAAUUCAACGAAAUCGUGGAUGUCAUGGGGAAAACGACAUUUAUUGAAGUGAAAACGAUUGUUGGCGACCCGAAUGAACAUAGCCAUUUGGUUAUGCCACAGAUUGAUGAAGACUUCAAUGAAGUUGUUAAUGUUGUUAUCAAAGGAUAUAGGAUGACAAUGGAGGAAUGGAUUCGAGGAUCAAUCAGUGUUGCUAAAGGAGGACAAGGUCAAAAGAGGCGUGUAAGAGACCCUCAUGUUCAAGAACAACCGAAGAAAAACCGAAGAAAAUCUGUAAGUGAAAACAUUGAGAUGCUUCUUGGAUUAUGUCAAGAUAUUAACAACAGAAUUACAAGAUUGGAAAAUCAUGUUGGAAUUGCCAAAGUCAAUCAAACACCAAAAUGGGGGUUUGAAAACAAAGACCAACCAUCCUCUUCUAGGGCAUAUGUACCUGAAGAAGUGAAUGAUUAUCACCAACAUGAAGGAAGUGACAUUCCUGAGGAGCAUUGGCAGGAAAAUAAUGAUAAGGUUCCUGAAGAAAUGAAUGAUGAUCAACCUGAUUUGAGAAAGGAAGGAAAUGACUUCCCUGAGGAGCAUACACAUGAUAAAAAUGAUAAGGUUCCUCAAGAAAUGAAUGAUGAUCAACCUGAUUUGAGAAAUGAAGGAAAUGACUUCCCUGAGGAGCAUACACAUGAUAAAAAUGAUAAGGUUCCUGAAGAAAGGAAUGAUGAUCAACAUGAUUUGAGAAAGGAAGGAAAUGACUUCCCUGAGGAGCAUACACAUGAUGAAAAUGAUAAGGUUAAUCCUGAAGAAGUUGAAGAGCAACAUGAUUUGAGAAAGGAUAGAAGCGACUUCCCUGAUGAUUAUUCUACCCAAGAAGCAUACAUAAUUAUAUCUGAUGAUGAAGAGUUUAUUCAUCAUUCAGAUAAUGAAAAUGUUAAUCAAGAAGAAGAAGCUCCUACACAACAAGAGGCCAGCCAACAAGAAGAAGCUUCUACACAACAAGAGCAAGAAGAAGAAGCUUUUACACAACAAGGGGCCAGCCAACAAGAAGAAGCUUCUACACAACAAGAAAAGGCCAGCCAACAAGAAGAACCUUCUACACAACAAGAAGAGGCCAGCCAGGAACAGACCAGUUUGCCAACAGCUUCUACACCGCUGAGUUCACUAUCUGAUGAAGAAAUACAAGGAAUCGAGGCAAGAGUCAAAAAUUGGGCAAUGAAGGGUAUUCUAGAUAUGCUUGCAACAUUGCAUACAAUGCUUUGGCCAGGGGCUAAAUGGAAAAGAGUCACUGAAUCUGAGUUAAAAAUGGAACAUCAUGUCAAAAAGCGAUAAGAAAUGCAAUGUUAAUUCUUCAUCCUGACAAAGUGCCAACUGAUGCCACUGCACAAGUGAAAUACCUUGCUAGCAGAAUGUUUUCAACAUUAAAGAUGGAGAGGGACAUAUACUUAUUAUUGAGUUUUCUUUGGGGUGGAUCAGUUAGUAAACCUUCUAUUUUGGUGAUUUGCAACUUGUUAAAUGUUAUUUAAGAUCUUUGAAAUGUUAAGUAAAUUUAACACUUUAUUGUGUUAGUGCAUUGCUAGGUUGCUGUUUCUUUG